CGUAGUCCACUGCCGUCAGACGCCAUAUUGUUGUGUAUCUCUCUUUUUGAGCAUUUCGUUCGGAAACGCUCGGUACAAUUCUAUAAUUUCUGUUUUGUUAUUAUGAAAUUAACAGUUUGUUUUGCGUCAUGUUUUAGUGUUGUGCGUACAAAAUGUGCGUUCGCCGUCUGAACAGACUCGUAUAAUGGCUUGUGACCGAUGGAGGGUAAUCGCUUCGAUCUUGAAAAACUAAAUGGAUAAUCCAAAAGCGAUUAAUAGUUGUUCAGAACCUAAAAUCAUUUAUGGCCACCGCUUCCCAACUGGGAGCUGGGACCAUUGAUUGUCACAAACAUAAUAAAUAUGAUGGGAAUGGCCAUCAGGUGACAUCUGGUGUAAAGUAUAUACCAAGUAAUUGUGAUAAUCUAAUUGGUGUAAAUGGCUCCACUAAUGAUGCUGAAAACACCAGCUACAACUCGGACCAUGAUGAUUCUGUGGAUAGUCAAAAUCAGCUUUCACGAAAGCGUAAAUAUUCAACAGAAUCAGCCAAAGAGUUUGAAGCUUUGGAAAUGUGUACUUCAGCCAAAAUUAAACGUACUUGUGAAAUGGUAUUUGAACAAUUGGAGACUGUACGUGCAAAGCUUGCUCAAUCCCAACGAGAAUUGGAAGAAAUACAGUCGGUGUCGAAAUUUAUUGAUUUUCUACCUGACAAAGUUGAGCAGGUAUUCAAUAAUCAACAUAGUUGGUCUUUGGAAAAUGUUAAAUGUGAUGACGAACCUUUAUUUAAUGGUGAUCCAUUUGCCGAACUUAAACUGUGGAUGGAUAAGCAAGCAUCCGAAUCACAGGAAACACCUGUUUCAGUUUCGGACACUAAAUCUAAUAAAUUAAUUUCUCUUAAUUCUCCUACUGAAGAACCUUCCAAUUCCUCUCAAACAUCUCGGCAGCCUAAUGAAAAUCAACCUGAUCAAGUAGUUGAGAGAGUGAAAUGGGAAGCCCAAAUCAUUCAGAAAAUAAAUCAGCUACAGCGUGAUGGUUUAUGGAGUGAAAAAAGACUGCCUAAAAUUUAUGAACCACCAAGAAAUAAAGCACACCAUGACUAUCUUUUGGAAGAAAUGCAGUGGCUUGCUACUGAUUUUGCCCAGGAACGAAAAUGGAAAAAAAAAGCUGCUAAACAAUGUGCAAAAAUGGUUAUGAAGCACUUUCAUGAAAAAAAGAUAGAAGCACAAAGAGCAGCAAAAGCAUCUGAGAUGCAUCAAAAGAGAAUAACUGGCUUCAUUGCCAAAAUGAUUAAAACAUUUUGGAGUAAUGUUGAGAAGCUGCUUGUAUUCAAGCAAUCAACUAAAUUAGAGGAACAAAGAAAAAUUGCUUUAGAUGAGCAUUUAAAUUUUAUCGUCGAUCAAACUGAAAAAAUGUCAACAUUAGUUGCUGAGAGUUUGAUGAAAUCUGCUAAUAAUUCAUCCGCGAUAGCGUUACAAAAUUCAUCCAUGGCUAAUUCUCUUGGUAAAUUAGAUCCUUGCCAUUCUUCUGAUGAAGAUGAUUCUAAAAAAACUAAAAAAGAAAAUGACAAUGAAGUUGAUCACAAAAAAGAAAUUGAUUUGUUAAAAAAAGAAUCUAUAUUGUCUAUUGACGAUGUUCUUGAUCAAUUACCUAAAGGAUAUCUAGAAACUAGGGCUAAUAAAUUAGAAGAAGAACACUUACCCAUUGAUAAAAGUGAUGAUGAAGAUUUUGAAGCAUCUAAUAGUAGUUGGAGUGAUGAUGAAGAAACAUUACAACUUGCAGAAAAAGAAGAUGGACGAGUAGAUCAUUCAAAAGAAAUUGCUGAGUUGGAGGCUGAAAAUGAAAUGAGCAUUGAACAGCUAUUGGCAAAAUAUAAAGUUCAGUUACCAAAUAAUAAAGAGUCUGAUGCUGAUGAAAGUAGUCAUGAUUCUGAUCAUAGCAAAGAAGAAAAGGGUUCUAAGGAUAUUGGCUUAAAAUAUCUGUUGCGAAAAUCUCCUAAUAAGAUGGUCAAUGGUACGAGUGAUUGUAAUGCAGAUAAAGAAAUAAAUGAUGUUACAGCUUUGGCUGAAAGUAUUCAACCUAAAGGAAAUACAUUAUCUUCUACUAGUGUGGUCACUAAAGUUCCAUUUUUAUUAAGAAAUACUCUUCGUGAGUAUCAACAUAUAGGCCUUGAUUGGUUAGUUACAAUGUAUGAACAAAAUUUGAAUGGUAUCUUAGCUGAUGAAAUGGGUCUUGGUAAAACUAUUCAGACAAUUGCUUUAUUAGCUCAUCUAGCUUGUGAAAAAGAAGAUUGGGGUCCUCAUUUAAUUGUAGUUCCUACUUCUGUUAUGCUUAACUGGGAAAUGGAAAUAAAAAAGUGGUGUCCGAGCUUCAAAAUAUUGACUUAUUAUGGUUCUGUUAAAGAAAGGAAAAAUAAGAGAAUUGGUUGGACAAAACCUAAUACCUUCCAUAUUUGUAUAACAUCAUACAAGUUAGUAAUAACAGAUCAUCAAAGUUUUCGCAGAAAAAAAUGGAAAUAUUUGAUCCUCGAUGAGGCCCAAAAUAUUAAGAAUUUUAAAUCUCAACGAUGGCAACUCUUACUGAAUUUCCAGUCUGAAAGAAGACUGCUUUUAACAGGAACACCUUUGCAAAAUAAUCUAAUGGAAUUAUGGUCAUUGAUGCACUUUUUAAUGCCAAACUUGUUUGCAUCUCAUCGUGAGUUUAAGGAAUGGUUUUCUAACCCAGUGACUGGAAUGAUUGAAGGAAAUGCAGAGUAUAAUGAAACCAUUAUUAAAAAAUUACACAAAGUUCUAAGACCCUUUAUUCUUCGAAGAUUAAAGUGUGAAGUUGAAAAACAAUUACCAAAAAAGUAUGAGCAUAUUAUUAUGUGCAGAUUAUCUAAGCGCCAGCGUUAUCUUUAUGAUGACUUCAUGUCUCGAGCUAAAACGAAAGAAACACUUGCUAGUGGAAACAUGUUAAGUGUAAUUAAUGUACUUAUGCAACUUAGAAAGGUUUGUAAUCAUCCAAAUAUGUUUGAACCUCGUCCAACUAUCUCUCCAUUUCAAAUGGAAGCACUUACAUUCGCAGUACCUCGUUUGGUAUUUAAUUUGAUAAAAUAUGACCCCAUGAAUAAAAUUGAUUUAAGAUCAGUAAAUUUAUUAUUUACUCACUUAGAAGAAAUAAUGAGUGCAUGGGCUGCUCACCGUUUAAAGCGUUACCAAUUACCAGAAUGUAUAUUUGAACAGUAUGAUGCUUUACCUGAUACACCUAUAAAACUUCCUAAAAUUAAAAUUAAUUUUAAUAUGAAGUUGCCUAAAAACUUAGAUAUAAUUUCAAAGAUCAAUCAAUGUAUUCCACGUAAUAAAUUAGUAAAUGUGAGGCUUAAACACAAUUUACCAAUUGUGAAGUUUUUAGCAGAAAAAGGAAUCAAAGAUUUAAAAUUGAAAUCUGUCGGCAGCAAUAUAUCAAGAAGUCCAGCUUUUACAAAUAUGUUAUCCUUAACUCCUAAAUUUAAACAAUUAAAUCAAUACAUUCAAAAUAAGAAGAGUGAACCUAAUUUGUUAAAUAAUCGAACAAAAAUUAUAAACAAUGUGCCAAGAAAUGAAUUGUUCACUUCAACUCCUAAAUUUAAUGGAUCAAACGAAGGUUAUUCAAAUCCUUCUACAAAUCUUAAUAAUCAUGUUGCAAAUGAGGAAGACAAAAACAAUAAAAAUUAUAAUUUAACUAAGUCAAAAUCUCAUAAUCAGCAUAAACCUCAGGCCAUAUCUUCUGGAGUGUUGAAUAAAGAAUUAAGUGAUGAUAUAAUUUUUCACAUACCAAAUUUAGAAGAAAGACGACAUUUAAGAAAACAAGCAAAAAUUAAAAAUUUAGCGCUCAUAAAUAAUAAAAGAAUAGAUGGUGCUACUAAUGUUGUUUAUGGACAAGACUUAAGAGAUUUUAUAAGAUUUGAUGUAUUUUCUGGUCAUGUUGGUUGUUCAGAUUCAGUUGAAAGAAACCCUUGGUUAUGGCUUGGCUCAAACAAUGUUCUAUCUGUUAUUGCUCAAUAUUCUGCUCAUAUACAGCGUAUGUCUUAUAUGACAGCAGUAGCUUUAUCAGAAUCUGUUAAAUCUGUAGAUAGUAGAAUGAAAGAAAUGCUUGAUUCCUUUGAACAAUUUAUAGCAUAUGUACCAGCCGUUCAAGGAAGAACUCCAAAGACAGAAUUUCAGUUUCUCCAAAAUAAUUCUUCGUUAUUAGAAAAAAAUUUAAAACCAACCUUAAAUGCUCUGCAUCCCAUAAUUUCAGCCAUGAGUGUUUUAUUUCCUGAUCAAAGAUUAAUACAAUACGAUUGUGGUAAAUUACAAUCUCUCGAUUAUUUAUUACGAGAACUAAAAGCUGGUCAUCAUCGAGUAUUAAUUUUUACUCAAAUGACAAAAAUGUUGGAUAUUUUAGAAGCAUUUCUCAAUUAUCAUGGCUAUAUAUAUUUAAGAUUAGAUGGUACAACUAAAGUGGAAACGAGACAGCUUUUAAUGGAAAGAUUUAAUGCAGACAAAAGGUAUUUCUGUUUUAUUUUAUCAACACGGUCUGGUGGUGUAGGCAUCAAUUUAACUGGAGCAGAUACUGUGAUAUUUUAUGAUAGUGAUUGGAAUCCAACAAUGGAUGCUCAAGCUCAAGAUCGCUGUCAUCGUAUUGGUCAAACACGCGAUGUUCAUAUUUACAGAUUAAUAAGUGAAAAAACAAUUGAAGAGAAUAUUCUUAAAAAAGCAAACCAAAAAAGAUUAUUAGGUGAUUUGGCAAUAGAAGGUGGUAAUUUUACUGCUUCUUUUUUUAAGUCUACUACAAUUCAAGACCUUUUUGAAGUUAAUACUACUGAUGAAAAGAGAAGUGUUCAUAUAUUGGAGUCAGAAUUUUUACAUCCUCAAAAUACAAGUGACGGAGACAGAAAUGCCAUUAAUAUUUUUGAAUCUGCGCUUGCUGCUGCAGAAGAUGAAACUGAUGUUGUAGCUGCUAAAACUGCAAAAGAAGAAGCAGUUGCUGAUUUAGCAGAGUUUGAUGAAGCAAUUCCUAUAGAUGAUCAAACCGAUGUUAAACUUAGCAAAGCUGAUAUGGAAGUUCAAGCAUUAGAAAAACAGCUAUCGUGUAUUGAAAAAUGGGCUAUAAGACUUAUGGAAAAUAAUGAAAUGGAUUGGGCUACUAAACAAGUAGCAGCUGCUGAAGCAGAAUUGGAACAACAAAAACAAGAAUGGAAAGUAGAACAACAGCAAGCAGCGAAAUGUACUGAAGAAAGAAUGAAACAGAAGCGUAAGCUUCCAGAUUCUGAUGAUGGGGAAGAUGAUGGCGAGGAUUUGACUUUCAUCAAUAAAUUUCAGAUUGUUUACCCUAAUCUCGGCUCCAAAAAAUCUGAUGUACCAAAGCAUUUAAUUAUUGGACCAUGGUCAGGAGAAACUGAGUUCUAUCAUGAUCCAUUAUACUUCAAUCAGUAUUCUAAUAUACCAAUGACAGAAGCUCAACUACCUCCUUUGCCAUCUGCUCGAAAACGCCCAAGGACUGAUGCCACAUUUAUAAACAAUCGAUCAUGUUUACCUGGUUCAUUAUCCUCUAGUACUAAAUCAAUGUAUGGAACACGUGAUAAUAGUGCUGGUGAAUGGAGAAUCAAUGAAAAUAUUUUUCCACAUUUGCCUCGAUCAAUGUUUGAUCGAGCCUCUGGCGCAUUACUUAAAAUGCGUAAUGAUAUACGUAUUCAGCGAUACCGAGGUAUUAAUAGACCAAUGACAAUGACAUUGGCUAGUUUGAAACCACCUUUACCAGCUAGACCUGUUCCAGAACCGCCUCAUGUACCAGAUUGGCUCAUACAUGAAGACUAUGCACUUUUGCAAGCUGUACAAAGAGUACAAGAAAUGACAUUAAAUUUAGUGAUAUUAUGUCCAGCUCAUACACCUAACUGGGAUUUAGUAUCUGAGCUAGUUAAUAUGAUGUCUCGUGUUUAUAGAUCUCCCAAACAAUGUAAAAACAGGUAUGAGUCAGUGAUAGUAGCUCGAGAAGAAGGCCGUAUGUUACAGGAACAAUUACUCAAAAAACAGAAAAAAAAAAUGAAUCGAGGAUUACGUACAUCACAAAUAUAUACAACAGAUGAAAAUCGUACAUAUACUCAGUUACUUAUUACUCGUUUUAAUGGAUUAUUAUCAGUAGCUGCUAAACGACAACCUUUGUGCCGAACAAAUAGUCAAUCUGUACCUAGCCAAUCAGCUAAUACUCCUUUAAUUCCAAAUGCAAGCCAUAUUGCAAUAUUAAAGGAAAAUUAUGAUGUAGACUAUAAUGUACCUUUGGGUCCAAUGCAAGUAAUUAGUCGUCGUACUGAUCGUAUGAUCCGUGAAAAACAACAGCAACAACAACUAGUUGAACCUGCAACAUUAAGAGUACAACAGCCACCACCAACUGUAAAAUCUAUUCAGCUUCCAAAUACCUUGCCACCAACUCAAACUGCCAGUCCAACACCAGUUCGACCUUCACCUACAACCCAACAUCGUAUUAUUAUGAGUUCAUCUUCUUCUAUUGUCCAAGAACCAAAUGUGCAAAAUAUACCACAAGCUAGUCCUAAAGUGGUUCCGAUGUCAGUACAUUACUCCGCUGCUGUUCAACGGGCAUUAAAUUUCACCCAAGCUUCCAUUGUUACUCAAGCUUCAUCAACAACUGGAAAAGUAGUUACUACUAUGAACAAAGCUAUUACUCAAUCUCAGAUUCAAAUGUAUCGCCAACAGCAACAAAAUAUAGCUAGACAGCAACAAGUCAAAAUGGUUAGUGCACGAGCAACUAAAACUUCUACUGCCAACAUCAUACCCGUCCAAACAUCUCAAACACCAACUACAGUUAAUGUCCGACCCAAAAAUACAAUUAAUACUAGGAAUAUAACUGACACCGAUGUAACAAAUUUCAUUAAAAGGCAUCAGUUAUUACAACAAAAACAAGCACAAGUUGUUACUGCGCAAUCAUCUAUCUCAUCGGCUGGACCGUCAAUAGUUAAAACAUCUGUGCAAAGUCUGAUGCUUUCAGCUGGAGGCAAAAAUACAAUUAGUGUUACUACAGCUACUAAAAAUAUAAAUCCACAACAACAACAAUUUAGACAACUUACACUUCAACAGCCAAUGUUAGCCCAUCGAAAAAUGCCCACUCAAAAAGUUACUCAAUUAGGUCAAGUUGUGGUGUCUGGUAAGACAGGUGUUCCAACACAACUGAUUGUUCAGUCUAAAGGAGUACCUGGUACUAUGACUAUGCAGCAAUUGCAAACUAUGAUGAAAAAUCAAAAUAUCCAAAAUGUUAGUGUUUCUGGUGCAAAUAUAACUGCAAUGCAAUCAAAUUCUAGCAGUGGUCAAGUUAUAUCUCAUGUUAUUGCCAAAAAUCAAGGACAGUCUUCAAGUAUUGGAUUAACCAGAGUUUUACCUGUAGUUACAACUCAAACUUCAUUAAAACAGGCAAUCCAGGUGGUGAAUCCAGUUCAAACAUUAAGGACUGCGUCUGGUGUUGGAAUUGAAACAGCGCGUUCAACAUUACAACCAUGUUCUUUAAGUAAUGUUUUCAAAACUACUGGUAACCAAGGUCAUUCUUCUAAUAUAUUAUCUCAGGUUGUAUUUCAACAAGGUCAGCAAAUGUCUGUUCGUCAAGGUCAAUUAAGAGUACAAACCUCAUCAGGCCAGGCAGGUUCAAUAGUUGCCGUAUCUAUGGCUCCUCAGCAACAACAACCAACUGUUUUGACAAUACCUUCUUCACCCAAUUCUCAUACUCCACGCACAACGUAAAUGACAAACAUUUAAUACGAAUUUGGAAAAAUAUUUUUAUUUUAUUUGAGUUUGGUUCAUAAAACCUACUGUUUUAUUUUAUUUUUUACCAUUAACAGACUAAUCAUUAGCAUUUUUUUGUUCUUUAUAAAAAUUGUUUCAAAAUAAAUUAUUGAUUUCAAUUGUAUGUAAAAGAAUAACACAUUUAACUAUUUAUGGUUUUAAU